AGACGAGUCAUGGGCGGCAUUGGUGGAUCUUUGGUGUGAUGAGGCUGGAGCCUGGGCGGCUAUGAGAGUCAAAAACAAGGCUAACCGAGGGAAGGAGGGAGUACAUGCUCAGGGAAACCGAAACCACUAUCUCCACAAGGCAGUUAAUGAGGAGAAACUGAAGCGGCCGCUCUCACACAUGCAGGCGUGGGAGAUCGCCCAUACGCGGAAGGACCCCAAGCCUGGCGAGCCCAAGUACUACGGCAAGAAGACCGCGCAUAGGAAGAAGGCCUACUCCGAUGGGUAUCUGGCGUUACAUCCUGACACACGUGACCCCAUUGCGGCGGAUCUGGACGAAAGGGUGGUGGUGGGCACGGGGCCGAAGGAGCACGGUCGGGAGGCGGUUCUCGAUGCUGUGAUCACUCCGUCUAUCUCCUACACACAGCUCCGUCGGAUCGACCCGACCCUGAGCCAGCGCACGAGCACGCGCAUGAGCAGUGCACCGUCACUGUCCCUCUUUCAGGAGCAGCAAACUGCCUACAUGGAGUACACACGCCAGGAGACCAUGGCAUGGCACGACCGCCUUCAUGCAUACCAUCAGCAGAGGGAUCGCGAGAUGCAGCACGCUUUUCAGGAAAUGGCGGCCGGCAGGUGUCCUCAAUGGCCAUCAGCAGAGGGUCCUCCAGCACAUCCAGUGCUGCUGACCUUUGAGGAGUUUGUGGCACAGAACGCUGGCCCCUCGCCGGUUAGUUCAUCCCCAAUCAAUUCACCCAAAGCAUGUCAUGCCUUUCAACACAGUCUUAUAUCCCGUUAAUAUAUCUUUUCAACAUCCAGGGAACAGGUGCAUCUACCGUUGGCGGUGGUCUUCGCAACACUCCCGAGACACGGAGCCCGACCACUCCGAUCCACGGAGCCAGAGGCGGAGGCG